UCCUCUGCCCUCCGCCGCUCCACCCCGUCAUCAACCCAGGCUGGCUCAUCCGGGUGGACCGUUGAAGACGAACAAGGCUGCAGCUUUGGCGAAAUUUCUCGACAGGAAAUUGAAGGAGCCGAAUGGAUUGUCUUCUGUUGAUCCAAGACUCGUCGAGCUCGCUGUAAGAAAUGCUAAAGAGACUGUCCAAUCAAACUUCUGUAUUCUGCAGGACGUACCAACGAGGAAGCUGAUUGGCGUGGGUAAAUUUCGUGAUGGUCUUUAUUACUUGGAAUCUCAAGAAAGUGAAAGGGUGGCAAUGUCAGUCUCUAUUAGUUCAGAUAUAUGGCAUCAACGGUUGGGACAUGCAUCUGAUGGAAAAUUACAUCAUAUUAAUUCUCUCAAGGGUUUUCGACGGAGUGAUAAUUUUUGUGAUCCAUGCAUCCGUGCUAAGCAGACUAGACUGCCAUUUCCUACAAGCUCCAUUAAGACAACUCGCUGUUUUGAAUUGAUACAUUGUGACAUAUGGGGAGGCUAUAGAUGUGAUUCACUCUCUGGAGCACGGUGGAACAUCUAGAUCAGGAAGAUUAAUUCAGCAUGUGGAUUCUUUUGGUGAAUAUGAGCAUUCUUCCGAUGGGGAGGAGGUAAAAGUUUCUGUGUGUACAAAAAAAAGUAAGAAGCAGAAAAAGAAAAAGAAGAAGGAAAAGAGAAGCAAAAAACAGAAGUUGGAUCAUUCCGACUGUUAAUGGAUGAAAACCCCCAAAAAGAAGCAGAAACUGUAAUAUUUUUUUUUGAGUGAGCAAGAAAGCUAUGAACUCUUUUGGAUGCAAAUGCAGUUGAGUUCCCACAUUAAGUGACGUUUUUUUGCACUUGAAAUGCAAUGUUGUGAGGACUGACGGGUUGUGAUGACAAGAAGCUUAGCAAAAAAUUGUAACUUGGGCUCAAUGGCGACCUUUGGAUCUCAAAAAUUGUUAUUGGAAUGAAAGAAAUGCCAAUGAAGGGUUUUCUUUUAUGCUUGGAUUCACCUUGCAAAAUGCAAUGGAAAGAGAAAUGAUAAAUGCUUCUUGGAUAUGAAUAGAUCAUUUUGUACUUGCAUCAUAUCAUUUUCAUUUUCAUUUACCCAGUGCCGCAAAGGCUCCCACCUACGGUGGAGUAGGGGGGGUCAGAUGUACGCAAUCGUACCCCUAUACUUGCAUCAUAUAAAUAUAUAAAUAAAAAU